AUGAUCAAAGCCACCCUCCUGUCUGCCGCCGCUUGCCAUGGCGUGCUUGCCUGGGAGGCCGCCACUGCUUCGGUUUCGUGGGCGCCCGGCGUAACCUGCCCGGCGGGAGCGUUCGAGUUCGACCCGAGCUCCAUGUAUGGCGAGAGCGGCUACGAGUGGGUCGGAGACGUGGUUGCCUCCAUCCACCACAUCGGCAAUCCGCAAUCCUGCUGUCAGUUGGCAGGUGGAGACGGCAUCCACGGGAUCGGCCGAUUCUACACGCUCUGCAACCCCAAGACGGGCUGCCAUGACUCAAAGAGGGCAUACACCUGCACCAUCUUUUCGAACGUCACAGGGAAAAGGCCGCUUGCUGGGGCGCUGUCUGGCCACGCGCAGGCACCUGUUCGGUCGAUCAUCAACGGCGUGCAACAUGCCGAGGGCGCCAACAACUACGCCAACCCUUUCGUGUCGGCAUGCAGGCCGGGCAAGACCGAGGCCAUUCCAGGCGACAGCAAUAUCACCAUCCCUGGCGCGGGGGGCGGACAUGGCGCGCGAGAGGAAGGCGCCGUCUGCGCGCCAUGGUGCGGGUGUCCGAAGGCGAAGGAGGGUCAGCCCGCUUGCCUCGGAGGCUUUGUGGAGUGCCCCACCGACGACCUGCCGCCAGGCACCACUGCUACCCCGCAGUGCUUCCUCCUCGGGGUUGCGCCCCGGGAUUUCAACUGUGCCCUGGUGUGCGACCCGAGCGACCCCACGGGCGGCCCGGCCUCUCGCUGCCCCAAAGGCGCCGCCUGCAAGCCGCUGUACAGCAAGCUGGACGUAGCGAGCGCAGGCAUCUUCAACACAGGCGCGUGCGUGUACAACUGAUCUCCGCGCUGGCGCGACACGCGUGCAUGUAAAGGUCCAUGUAUUUGUACUGUAGCUCACGACUCUUGAGUUUAAGUAUUACCUUGUGCUGAUAUAAAAAAUUAGAUAUUCU